CAUAUAAAAGCGAGGAGCGGCUGGCUUGACCGCAGUCAGAAGUGUGACCUACUUCACCUCUUUUCGUGUUUGCAGACUGAGUUGCACUUCGAUUUAGAAAUCCUUGAAACAUCAUGUCUUCCGAUGAGAUGUAUAUGCUCUACCAUGGACUUAUGCUUCCCACAGCGGCUCACUCCUUGGAAAGUUUAAAGUUUGCGCAGGAGUUUACGUUUAAAGAUGAUGACGUCUUGGCUGUCGUGUAUCCAAAGUCAGGGACAGCCUGGAUGCAGGAAGUCCUCCCUCUGUUGCUCAAUGGAGGAGAUCUGACUCUAAUACAAACCAUUCCUAACUGGGACAGGGUCCCCUGGCUGGAGGAGACAAGAUUAGAAUUGGUUGUAGAUAAGAUGGCUUCUCCACGGGCGAUAGUCUCACAUUUCCCUUACCACCUCAUGCCCCCAUCAUUCCACACCUCCAAAGCCAAGGUGAUCUACGUUAUGAGGAACCCCAAAGACGUCUUGGUGUCUUCGUUUUACUUUCAUCAAAUGGCUGGAUUCCUUUCAGAUCCAGGAACAUUCGAUGAGUUCAUGAACAAAUUCCUGGAGGGAAGAGUAAUGCUUGGAAAAUGGACCGACCAUUUGAAGAGCUGGAAACACUCCGAACUGGGAGACAGAAUAAUGUUCAUCACGUAUGAAGAGAUGGUUCAGGACCUUCCGGCAGCUCUCCGGAGGAUGUCAGAUUUCCUGGGUCGGGAUCUGAGUGAGGAAACCAUCCAGAAGAUAUCACAUCACUGUUCCUUUAAGACCAUGAAGUCCAACAGCAUGUCCAACUUCUCCAUGGUUCCUAAGGCGUACCUGGACAAAGACAAAUCUGCAUUCCUAAGAAAAGGUGUUGCAGGAGACUGGAAAAACCAUUUCAGCUCAGAACAGCUGGCUAGAUUCCAGUCAGUGAUUCACAAAGAGCUGGAGAAUGAGAGCUUCACUCUGCCCUGGAGUCUGGACUGAACAACACUCAGAUGUUAACCUCUUGGUAUCCAGCCUGAACGUGCUAAUGACUAACGGUUGAGUCUUACUGCUCUCAUCACCCUCUACAGAGUCUGAUUACCUGGAAAACAGUUUUAUAUUUAGUUUAUAUUAUUUAGUCUACCUUGCACUUCUCUUCAUGCUACUGCUCUAUGUGCCUAUGAAUUACCCUCCGCGGACAAAUACAGAUUAUUGAAUUGAAUAAAGAGAAUACU